AUGGCACAAGGGUCGACAGCGUCAGGUCCCCGGUCUGAGGUUGAUGUCCUCAUCAUCGGUGCAGGCCCAGCAGGCCUGAUGAUGGCCAACUGGAUGAGUCGGUGUGGAAUCCGGACGAGGAUAGUGGACAAAAGAGGGACCAAGAUUUUCAACGGUCAAGCAGAUGGACUUCAAUGCCGGACGCUCGAGAUCUUUGACAGCUUCGAUUUCGCACAUCGCGCCUGGAUAGAGUCAAACCACAUGCUCGAAAUCUGCCUCUGGAACCCCGACCCAAAGACGGGGAUCAUCCACCGCUCCGACCGUAUCCCGGAUACUAUCCCAAAUAUCUCACGCUUCCAGCAAGUCGUCCUCCACCAGGGCCGCAUUGAACGAUUCUUCCUUGACUCCAUUUCCGAACAUAGCAAGAGAACACUCCAAAAUGUGCCGGGAUGGGAGGAGGGUAUCCAGGUCGAGCAUGGCGUCAUGCCGGUGUCAUUUGAGUUUGACGAGAGUCUCGCCGAAGACAACGACGCAUACCCGAUCACCGUCAAGCUUCGACAUCUCAGCGAGCUAGAAGCAACCCCCAAACAGGCCGCGACCAGUGUGAACGGUUCCAGCCUACAAGAUGGGCUGUUUCGCAGCAACUUGUCGCCGGACGACACCCAAGAGCUGCUAGAGAGGUCAAAGGCGCUACGGGAGAAGGAGGGUAGAGAGGAGACGAUCAAAGCUAAAUACAUGCUCGGUGCGGACGGCGCACACAGCUGGGUCCGAAACCAGCUCGGUUUCAAACUGCAGGGCGAGUCCACCGACUAUAUUUGGGGAGUGCUCGACAUCAUCCCCAUCACAGACUUCCCCGACAUCCGGAUGCGGUGUGCCAUUCAUAGUGAAAGCAGUGGGAGUGUGAUGGUGAUCCCGCGAGAGAACAAGCUGGUCAGACUCUACAUCCAACUGACGACUAUGGAGAAUGCAGGAGGUGGCAAGAGGGCGGAUCGGAGCAAAAUCAGCCCAGACACGAUUCUCGCCAGUGCACAGAGGAUAAUGAAACCUUACAAGAUUGACUACCGAUACUGCGACUGGUGGACGGCAUAUCAAAUUGGACAACGUGUUGGUGACAGCUUCAGCUUGAAGGAGAGGGUCUUUUUAGCGGGCGACGCCGUCCACACUCACAGUCCAAAGGCCGGCCAAGGCAUGAACGUCAGUAUGCAAGAUGCGUUCAACCUCGGAUGGAAAGUCGCCAGUGUUGUCAAGGGCACCAGCAACCGAACCAUCCUCAAGACAUACCAGUCGGAGCGGCGGAGGAUAGCGAAGGACCUGAUCGACUUCGACCAUCGCUUCUCCCGGCUCUUCUCGGGCCGUCCAGCCAAGGACGUGCUGGACGAAGAAGGUAUCUCGAUGGAGGAGUUCAAGAACGCGUUUGAAAAGGGAAACCUUUUCGCUAGCGGUGUGGCCGUUGACUACGGCGCGAGCGUUAUCGUGGCCAAGUCCGGCGACAGCACCGAGCAAGGCGAUGGCACAGAGGUGCUGGGCGAGCAGACGUUGCGUGUCAUCAGUACCCAGGACCUGGCAGCCGGCGUCCAGGUGGGCAUGCGCAUGCCGUCGUUUAAGGUGCUCAACCAGGCGGACGCGCGACCAUGGCACUUUCAGGAACUGCUGAAAAGCAAUGGCACGUGGCGCCUGGUGGUGUUUGCAGGGGACAUCGUCGGGAAUCCGGCCCAAAAGGCACGACUCGAUGCGCUGGGCGAGAAGUUGGGUUCCGCGACGUCGUUCCUGAAGCGCUUCACACCCCCUGGAGGUCGGUACGACUCGGUGAUUGAGGUACUCUCGGUACACUCGUCCAAAAGGAAGGCUGUGACAAUCUUUGACUUCCCAGCGGUGUUCCGCCCUUGGGAUGACCGCGACGGCUGGGACUACUGGAAGAUCCACGUCGACGACGUCAGCUACCACGAAGGCUACGGCGAUGCUUACACCCACUACGGAGUCGACCGCGCCCGCGGCUGUGCUGUCAUACUACGACCCGACCAAUACGUCAGCUGGGUCGGCGCCAUGGACGACUACGAGAGCAUGGACAAGUUCUUCAGCGGGUUCAUGGUUGAGCAGCCCCCACGAGCCACACUGGAGACAACCGAGACGGUGGAUUCCAAGGACAUCAGUCGUAUGUCGCUGAAGGACGCAGACGACGCGGGGGAUCAAGCUACGAAUGGCGCAGUCGUCGGCAUGGCGGCAGCAUGA